AAGCAUAUUUUUUUACAUGGGCAACACAUAUCGGCGUGGGUUUUGGUUGAACGAUUGUUGGCGUGGGUUGAUUCAUAACAAUUUACGUAUAUUUUUAACGAAAACUGGACGAAAAACUGAAAAGACGAUUAAAUUAUUAUAUUAUGGUAAGGAGUUGGAGUCCUUCAAAGCACACUGAAUAACACAGGCCGCCGCGAUGUCGCAGCAAUACAGCCUCAGGUGGAACAACCACCAGCCGAACUUCAUAUCCAUGUUCACGACGCUGCUGAACACACAGACCCUGGUGGACGUGACCCUCGCGGCGGAGGGCAAGCAUCUGCAGGCGCACAAGAUCGUGCUCUCAGCGUGCAGCACUUACUUCCAGGUAUGCAGGUUCAUAUCCAUGUCCACGACGAUGCUGAACACCCAGACCCUGGUGGACGUGACCCUCGCGGCGCAGGGCAAGCAUCUGCAGGCGCACAAGAUCGUGCUCUCAGCGUGCAGCACUUACUUCCAGGUAUGCAGGUUCAUAUCCAUGUCCACGACGCUGCUGAACACCCAGACCCUGGUGGACGUGACCCUCGCGGCGGAGGGCAAGCAUCUGCAGGCGCACAAGAUCGUGCUCUCAGCGUGCAGCACUUACUUCCAGGUAUGCAGGUUCAUAUCCAUGUCCACGACGCUGCUGAACACCCAGACCCUGGUGGACGUGCCCCUCGCGGCGGAGGGCAAGCAUCUGCAGGCGCACAAGAUCGUGCUCUCAGCGUGCAGCACUUACUUCCAGGCGCUAUUCGUUGAUAACCCAUCCCAGCACCCCAUCGUGAUCCUCAAAGAUGUGAGCUUCGCAGACCUGCGAACCAUGGUGGAUUUCAUGUACUGCGGGGAGGUCAAUGUUACCGAGGAGCAGUUGCCACAGGUGUUAGACACAGCCAAGCACCUGAAGAUCAAAGGCCUCACCGAGAUGCCCGAGACGACCUCCCUCACCCGCUCACAAGGCAACGAGAUGCAGUCGCAGCCGGACUCGCUGGACUCGAACCGGCACUCGGCCUCGCCCGCCACAUCGCCCAACACCAAACGGAAAAGGUACGGAAUACGCAGAAAAAGCUCAACCGGUUCCACGUCGCUCAACAUGGUCGAGGAGCACCGCGAGGAGCAGCAGGAGCCCGCGCGCGAGUCCGUCACGCUCAGCAGCCUGCCGCGCAGGCGCGAGUAUGAAGACACGCAUCAGAACACCGAUCCCCACAUGAACGUGGAACCAUUGCCCAUGGAGGGGGGCUCCGCCGGUCUACCGCAAGGGGCCCAGUGGAGUAUGAUGGACACGUACCCCCGAUACUCCAACGCGUGUCUCGGCCUCCAACACGACCCGGCCAUGUACAUGGGCAACGUCAUCAACCAGCACAUGGAGAACGACAUCAACGAGUACGCCCAAGCGGUCGGAGUGACGGGCCCCAGCCCCGGACCGAGCUGCGGCCCCGAACCACAAGCCACUCAAGAACAAACCCCCCAACAACCCAAGAGGCGCAGAGCCACCAACCCACAGUCAGAAGAGAACUUCCAAAGGGCAUUGGAAGCGGUGCGCUUCGGCGGCAUUGGCUUCUGCAAAGCAGCUCGAAUGUUCGGAGUCAACAACAGAACACUCUGGCUCGAAUACAAGAAGAAAGGCUACCCCAACAACCGACCCAGCAUCAAAUCCCGCAUCAAACGGGAACACACCACCCCCCCACCAGAACACAAAGAGGACCCCCCACUACAGGAACAACAGAUGGUCCUCUGCCCCCCACACCCAGUCCCGGUCGGGUUUAUAGACUCCCGACCCUUAGACUUCAACCUACAAGGCGUCCCGCACAACUCCCCCCUCAACAUCUUAGGGGUGAACUUCAAUAACAUGCAAUAGAAUACCGCGUGCGGGGCUCCCGUUGAAGAGUACCACUUGUGACAAGAGUGGGCGGGCGAGCCGCCGGCCACCCCGCCGAGAGUCCCGCGCUACGAUAUUUAUACGCACAUGCUGAUGUAAAUAGUUACCGGGCAGCCGGCCUGCGGGUGUCUGGCUGUAGUAAAACCUUUUGACCACAGAAGACGCAAGUCUACAGCCGAUGACGUCCAUUACAAGGUUCACGAUCACGCGCUGAACACGAUCUGAUUUUAGGUGACAAAAACUGUUUAUAAGCGGUCUGUAACUAGGUUUUGGUCACAAUAACUGGUUCUUAUUGGGCAACAACUGGUUAUUCGUCACUGAUAACUGUUUUUGGGUGACCGUAAUUAGUUUUUAGCGUUCAAUAACUGCAUUUAGCAAUUUAUGGACACUAAUGACUAAACUAGUUUUUGACCACCAGUUUUUCUACGCCAAAAGGUAUUUUUCUACAGUCAGUAGGUACCCAGGUAGUAAAGUAGGUCCAGUAUUAGAGAACCCCACCUAUGACGUCAUACCUCUAUAUAGCAAUAACUGGUGGGACGCCACAAUGCCUUUUCUACUCAGGUUGAUGACGUCAUAGUUAUUGGGUGCCGCGGUCAGUAAACGCGAAGAUCGAGCUGUACUACACUAGAGGACAAUGGAAACGGGUCACUGUAUGACCAGUUUUGAUUUCAUCCGAGUUACACCCAAGCAUUUACCCAGAGUUUUAAAUUUUUAAAAGUUGCUUGGUAAAGUAAUUUUCUUUUAUAUUUUGUCUUAAAACAUGGCAUGGCAAUGACAAGUAAAUAGUAAAGACAGCUAUCAGAAAAUAAAAAAUACGUCUUUAACAUUGUUAUAGUCACCAACGUCUCAGUACCGUCGUUACACACACUGUUAACUAUUCAUCGGUGGACCUUUUGCCUUUUGUAAUAAGGCCCACCGAUGUACAUUAUUGUACAGUUGAGUGUUGCUGUUUGUACCAUAUAUUUUCUAUGGUGCUUUGACCUUCGGCAGUCUAUGUAUCACCUCUAACAGUCGAGGCGCACUAACCAUGGGUGAAUCAACUAUUUCGUUUCACUUCUUGCUAAUGUUACGGUCGCCUGGGUCACUUUUUAAAUCCCCGUUUUAUGGCAUUUAAAAUAAUCAAACGUGCAUUUAUGUGGUGGCUAUAAGCUCUUUCCACUAUGGGCCAUUUAGCAAGCACGAUAAUAUAACGUGGUAAAAUAGUUCUCCUAAUUAGACUAUGCCACUAUUGUCGCCUAGCUGACGGGAUAGACCAUGGGCCAGGAGCAUAUAUCGUUAGUCAUCGCCUCCCGGUUGAUAUUUUGUCAGAUGAUAGUUUAGAUGCUAUCAUGAAUUAAAAAAAUAGUCAGCCGGCUGUAUCGCGGUAGAAAGACAAUCAGUUGAUGAUUUGUGAGUUUUUUUUCAGCCGUCGCCUCCCGAUUGAUAUUGUGUCAAAUGAUAGUUUAGAUGGUAUUUUAAAUUAAAAAAGCCGUCAGCCGGUUGUAUCGCGGUGGAGAGACCGUCAGUUGGUCACAUAAACAUGUAAGAAAUACGCGCCUUACCACUUAUGGUCCGCAAAGUAGGCGUUAUGGGUAAUCAGUUUAUUGAAUCCCUGAUGAAAUGCUACAUGUAAAGUUUCUUAUUUUAGUUAUUACUAUCAUAAAAAGGUAAAACGCUUAUUUUUUCAAUGUUCAUGCGAUCAGCUGACGUUUUUUCCACCUCGAUACAACCGGCUGACGUUGUUUUUUAUUCACAAUAUCCUCUAAACUCUAAACUAUCAUCUGACACAUGAUCAAACGGAAGGCGAUGACUAAAAGAAUCAAUUUUUUACGUGUUUCGGUGGCUCCCAUUCCUCAAUCCACCAACGGAGCGGCAGCUGACGUCCACGAGGGUUCAUCAUACAUAGCCGUUAACCGCUAUACGAGUUAUCGCCCGGGAGGUGAUUGGUCAUGGAAAUCUGUUCGUGGCUCGCGGUCAAG